AUGCCGCCGAAGAAGAUGCCCAACUCCGAGGAGCGCGACGCGAGAGCCGCGUCGCCACCCCACGCGCCGUCGAGUGACGCGCCGCCCGCCAGUGUUUGCUUCCGCCCGGAAGACAUCACCAUGCUGAUCGACACCCUUCAACGAACGCAGCUAGACGCGUUCCGGGAGCUGUUAGAUAGCGUCAGGCAGUCGGCGACUCCUACAUUCGACCAUCGGCCCGCCAACAACUUCAGCCGCUGCAAAUCUGUAUUCAGCGGACGCGCAGACGAGUCAGUAGAAGGUUUUAUCGACGCAAUAGAAUCGUACAGAGACGCCGCCAAUGUUCCCGAUGACGUAGCCGUAAAAGGUAUUUCCAUGUUGCUGACACACACCGCCGCUACCUGGUGGCAGGGUAUCAAGCAUCAAGUUUCUACAUGGGAAGACGUCAUCUCAAAUCUACGAAGUGCUUUUGGUGAUCGCCGCCCACCCCACAGAAUUUAUGUCGACCUAUUCGCAGACGGCCAGCAGCCUAUGGAGAAAACCGACCUGUUUGUCGCCAGGGUGCAGACCCCUGGCAAGAGGUUCGGCACCCUGCCUGAAAAAAAGGAAAACUUUGACCCAAGUUGGGACCUCACGCUGGAGCUAACGGUUCACUUGGUGUUAAUUGUUUACUGA